CCGAAUCCGCGCGAGCGAUUUAACAUGGCGGAGGACGCCGCCUUGGGGGCUCCGAGCCCGCGGGGCCGUGCUGACGGGAGGGAUGCCGACUCCCCAGAGAAGCGGAUGACAGAAACUCCGAGAGACGACCAGGAGCAGUUCGUGUGCCAGGAACUGCUCGAAUGCCAAGUGCAGGAGGAGACCCCGGAGGAGGAGGAGGAGGACGCGGGCCUGGUGGCCGAGGCUGAGGCGGUGGCUGCCGGCUGGAUGCUCGAUUUCCUAUGCCUGUCUCUCUGCCGGGCCUUCCGUGACGGCCGCUCCGAGGCCUUCCACCGGACCCGCGACAGCGCCGAGGCUAUUAUUCAUGGACUAUCCAAUCUAACAGCAUAUCAAUUGAAAACAAUAUACAUAUGUCAGUUUUUGACAAGAAUUGCAGCGGGAAAAUCCCUGGAUGCACAAUUUGAAAAUGAUGAACGAAUUACACCCUUAGAAUCAGCCCUUAUGAUUUGGGCUUCAAUUGAAAAGGAACAUGACAAACUUCAUGAAGAAAUACAGAAUUUAAUUAAAAUUCAGGCUAUAGCAGUUUGUAUGGAAAAUGGCAAUUUUAAGGAAGCAGAGGAAGUCUUUGAAAGAAUAUUUGGUGAUCCAAAUUCUUAUACGUCUUUAGAAAGAAAGUUGCUUAUGAUAAUAUCUCAGAAAGACACAUUCCAUUCCUUUUUUCAACACUUCAGCUACAACCACAUGAUGGAGAAAAUUAAGAGUUACGUGAAUUGUGUGCUAAAUGAAAAAUCAUCAGCCUUUCUAAUGAAGGCAGCAGCAAAAGUAGUGGAAAGUAAAAGAGCAAGAACAAUGACUUCUCAAGAUAAAUUUAAUGGUAAUGAUGUUGAAAAGGAAACUGAAACUAAUUCGGAUAUAGGAAAAAGUGUUAAUGACAAACAGUCUACGGUAACUGAAUCCUCAGAGGGUACAGUAUCCUUAUUGAGGUCUCACAAGAAUCUCUUAUCUAAGCUGAAAUAUAGAAGCUGGAGAGAAGACUUUGAUGAGGAAGAGGAAAGAGAGGAAACUCUUCAAAGUGAGAGAGAGAAAACAGAAAACAGAAGAACCACUGAAACAAGGAGAACACAUGGUCCAGAGACUCAACCAGGAACUUACAAAAAACGACGACCUAGGAAAAAACAGGCAUGGCUUUGGGAAGAAGACAAGAAUUUGAGAUCUGGCGUGAGGAAAUAUGGAGAGGGAAGCUGGUCUAAAAUACUGUUGCAUUAUAAAUUCAACAACCGAACAAGUGUCAUGCUGAAAGACAGAUGGAGAACUAUGAAGAAACUAAAAAUGAUUUGCUCAGACUGCGAAGACUGAAUGAGUUUGUGAAAGCUGAUAAAAGGACAAUUAAGUAUUUUGAACGCUACAUUUUUUUGAAACUUGCUGGUCUUAAAAUUCUUGUUUAAAGCAUUAUUUUUCUGUGAUUCAAUUAAUAGGAGGUUUUGUGCCAUAAGAGUGGAAUUAUAUCCUAUCAUUGUAUUCUUUAAGAAUCUUUUUAUUUUAAUAAGAUGUAAAUUUGUUGACCCUUGCCACUUUCAAUAUUCAUACCCCUAAAUUCUGUUCCAAUAAAAAGUUAAAGCCUGGUAAGAGAAAAAAUAUUAAACUAUUCUCUGUCUGCCUGAUCUCAACCCUGUAAGACACAACAUAAAAAUAAAUUUUCUGGGGUGUCAUUUGACACAGCAGCUAAGAUUCCACUUAUGUCACCUACUAAUUGCCUGGGUUCAAGUCCUGCCUCCACUCCCUAUUAUACCUACGUGUUAAUCUGUACCCUGGGAGGCAGGAGGUGAUAACUCAAGUUUUUAGGUCCCUGUCACUCAUGAUGGAAACCCAGAUUGAGUUCUAGGUUCUUGGUCAGUCUGGCUGUUGCAAUUGUUUGGGGAAUGAACCAGUUAAUGGAGUUUGUGUGUGUGUGUCUUGCUCUCUCUCUCCCUCUCUCUCUCUCUCUCACACACACACACACACAUGCAUGUGCAUGCACUUUCUCACUCUCUGCCUUUCAAAUAGGUGAAAUAUAAGAAAAAAGACAUGUAAGAUAUAAAAAUGAAUUUUCUAAUUCAUUAAUAAUACUGUUUUGACAUGAGAUAAUGACUUGAUUUAUGGUCUUAAUGUAUAACUAAAUAAGACAUUUGUUAGUGCAGUUAUAACAUACAGAGUGAUCUAUAAGUAAUAACAAACCAAGUUUUCUUUUUAACAGAUUAAUAUAAAGAAAAAAAACAAAACUCGGGCCCAAAAUUUGGUGCAACAGUUAAGAUACCCCUUGGGAUGCCCACUUCCUAUACUGGAGCCUAGGUGCAAGUCCUGGCUUAACAUCUGAUCCCAGCCUCCUGCUAAUGCACAUACAAGAAGGCAGCAAGUGGUGGCUUAAGUACUUGGGUCCCUGCCACACAUGUAAUAGAUCUAGAUUGAGUUCUGGGCUGCUGGUUUCAGUUUGGCCCAGCCCUGGAUAUUAAAUGCAUUUGGAGAGUGUUCCAGCAGAUGGGAGCCCUAAGUCUCUCUGUGUCUUCCUCUUUCUCUCUGUCUUCCUCUUUCUAUCAAAUAAGGAUAAAAAUUAAAAGCUUUUGAAAUUUAUAGUAUUAGCUUUGUAUCUCAUUUAGCAACAAAUGUGACUUUUGUGCCAGUGUUAAAACUUUGACUAAGGGGGAGCCAGCACUGUGGCAUAGUAGGCUAAGCCUUCACCUGUGGUGCCAGCAUCCUAUAGGGUUACAGUUUGAGUGCUGGCUGCUCCACUUCAGAUCCAGCUCCCUGCUGAUGCCUUGGAAAACAGUGGAAGAUGGCCCGAGUGCUUGGGCCCCUGCACCCAUGUGGAGGCCCAAAAGAAGCUCCUGGCUUUGGAUCGCCUCAGCUCUGGCCAUUUGGGGAGUGAACCAGCGGAUACAAGAUCUCUGUCUCCUCUUUCUGUGACUCUGCCUCUCCAAUAAAUAAAUCUUAAAAAAAAAAAAAACAAACUUUGACUACGGUGGUUUUAAAAUAAUGCUUCUUUAUAACCUGAUGUCAUAAAUAUCAGGUUCUCUGAAACUUUGAUUUGAUAUGCCAGUAUUGUGCCUAGAGAGUAUUAUGUAAAUGCUUAAAUUCAUAUUAACCAUGAUCAUCAUGAUGUCCAUGAUAAACAUGAGGAAUCUUAAGAAAGUUCAUGGAAAGUACAUAUUAGAAAAAAACUAUACAUAGAUUUCAAGUUUUAUCACUAAAAUAGCCUUUCAAUUUAUUUUUAAAAAUUACUUGAAAGGCAUAGUGUUGGAAAGAGGGGAGCAGAGGGAGAGAGAAAUCUUCCAUCUACUUGUGCAUUUUCUAAAUGGCCACAACAGCUAAGGCUGGGCCAGGUCGAAGCCAGGAACCAAGAACAUCCUGAUUUCCUAAUGGGUUACAGAGGCCCAGUCACUUGGGCCAUCAUCUGCUGCCUUCCCAGGCACAUUAGCAGGAAGCUUGAAUCAAAGCAGAGCAGUCAGGAACUGGUGCUCUGUGACUGCAUGCAUCAUAAGUAGCAGCUUAACCCACUACACUACAACACUGGCCCUGAUUGUAUUCUUUCACAAAGUCUUUUAGGUACCUUUGUAUUAAUAAACAAGGUUAUGCGCAUCUUACUAAUCAAUUU